AUGACUUCUCAAGACUGCGCGACGGAACUCUCCCCCACAACUCACACCAAAGCUGCUCCUGCUACCGACAGCCAGUCUCCAAUUAUCAAUCUAUCCUGGUAUCGGUUUCUUAUGCUUCCGGAAUCUGAGCAAAAGGACCUGGAUGCAAUGGCAAUUCUUUCAACAUUCGAGCCCCUCGACCAUCUACCACAGGAGCUCGACGGGAGCACCGGCACCGAAACGCCGCCGCCGGAGCUAUUCCUUGGCAUACCUCUCGACACCGACAUGAUUUUUGACUACGCGUACAAAUACGAGCUUUAUGCCUACGUAGACAAGAGGACGAUGGGUCCGCUGGGGUGGGUUCCACCGGAAGAAGUCACGGAGAACACAGUCAUCAACGUCGACUCUACGACGUACCAGGUGUACGACGACAUCCAGGAAUACCUGUGGCCGCACGUUUCCUUCAAGACGGGGUAUGGAAAUCCCGAUCCCGAGACGCCAUUUGUUCCCAUCUUUUCCCUUUGCUCCAACCGGGAUCCACUCGACAAGCGACCGAGUGCGGAGACAAUAGCGGAAAUACGAGCGGAGUUCGGUCUCAAGGAAGAUCCUAAAUGGUACUUGACCAUGUUUGCAUGA